AGUGUCGUAUCAACACCGGUGUUUCCCGGGUCGUAGUCAUUCACUUUUACAAAAGUAAACAUCUCUACACAUUGGACACCUAGAACACUAAUUUCUCAAUGUCCAAAGCAACCAUUUCACUCAUUUUAAAGAGAGAUUUGCAUAUAUACAGUAACAUUCAGUUUCACUUCCGCCGAAAUUAUCUACCUACCAUCUUCCGAGAAUUCACCCUAACACGAAAUUUAUCUGAGAAGCACCAAAUGCCAAAGAAAGACAAAACGUGUAAAGGUUCACAGAAUAAGAAGUCGGAAACAUGCGUGUCCCCAUCAGGUCCUGUGGCUUGUAACAAGAGUGGAGAUGUUACAAUUUCAGUGCACGCAAAGCCUGGCUCUAAACAGAACGCGAUAACAGAUGUGACAGCUGAAGCUAUAGGUGUUGCCAUUGCUGCUCCACCAACAGAUGGGGAAGCCAAUUCUGAACUGGUCCGGUACCUCUCUAAGGUUCUGGACCUGAAGAAAAGUGAAGUAACUUUGGAUAAGGGCUGUAGAUCCAGAGAGAAGGUGAUCAAGCUGUCAGGAUCCCUAACCCCAGAAGAAGUGCUGGAAAGGUUAAAGAAGGAGGCCACUGGAUAACUAAAACCUUAUGAUCUCUAAAGGGUGAAGUGUCCUACCUAGAUUAUAAUGGUACUGUAUUUGCAUUCAUGUUACACAGGCUCUGCAGCCCCCACCCCCAUCACCACCACCACAAUAUAAUAAGUACAACAUACAACAUUUUGGUUUUAUCACUGUCUCAAAUAUUUGGUUACACACAAAUCAAAAGUCUGUAAAACCUUUGAGAGAAAAGUCAUUAUCGUUUUGUGUCAUUUGUAGAAGUUAUUACUGAACAUGCAGCAACUACCACUAAUGCAAUGGUUCUAAGGAUAUAUUUAGGUCUACCUUUUUUAUGAUAUGUGUAAAUGUGCAGACUGCACCUUUAAAUGGCCUUAAACAACCUGUCAGUGGUGUUCUUAAUAAAGAUAACAACUUUAAAAAGCAGUCCAAAACUUUGCCAAUUGACUUAAAUGACCUGCCAGACUACUUCAAAGGAUUCAUAUUAAUGCCCUGAUACCAAGACCCCUGGCUGUGAAAAGUGAUUAUACUUUUUUUUUUAUUCCCUGUGCUGUCAUCUGUUGUGGUUAAAUGAGAGCCUGAUGGGGUGUUCACUCAACUAAUGCAGCCAGUGAAAAGGAAAAUGCGUCAGCAGUAAGCCAAGGCAUAGCAUGCUUUACCCUGGCUGAAGGAAAAAUCAAAUGAAGGGUGACUCAUGCUUGUUGGGGGAAAGGAGAGCUCAGUGAGAGGCAGAAAGAUGGACUAAGGCUCUGGGACGAAUUCUCAGAUCUCGCUAGGCGUGAGAGCUUUCAACAUUUGCUGAAACUAAUGUGAAGCUCUGCCAGGGUACAAUAAUACAUAUUUGAAGACUAAAGGAUUUGAUUGGUUAUCAGAAAACAAGGAAAUCCAAGGCACUUCACAUUGUUUUUAUGCAUUUAUUGUUAUGGCAUGUUUAUUAUAACAGUUGCUUAAAAUAUCUGUGACACACAAUUAAUAAAAAUGCUCCCCAAAAAGGCUUUUUCUUUCAAACUAUACGUCCAACCAAUAUAUCCCUUUGUAACAUAAUGAUACGGACAUUAAUGAUAUGGGAAUAAAUGCAGUACUUACUGGUGGUGUAGUCUAGUAUGAAGUUGCUUUCAAUUUACCAAGCCCUUUCCUCCUCGUGUCAUCGCCACAACCCAUAUAUCACUCCUCAUUUUAUAGUGCAUAUCACAUAGACUACACUGCUGUGGUCUAAUUCACGAGAGCAUAACUGUCUUUCAGGUUAUAUGGGUAACUGUUCUCUCUGGUUUCUGUAAGGGCAAACGGAGUGUUUCCCUUCUGCGUUAGGAUUUAAAUCUAUAAACAAAAAGCAGUAACCACAAGCACAACUGACAGUGCUUGUAACAAUAGCAAUUGUUUUAAUUAAUGGUAAAGGAUUUUAAAUGACAAGGUUUUACAUUUUAAUAAUCAGAUGACCUUUUUUCUACUGGUAUUUUUCAUACAUUCAAGUAUUAUGAACAUGAUUGUUUGUUUUGUCGUAUCACAAUGUUGGU